GUCGCCACACUCGACGACCUUGCUUUGACUUUGGGACACCGACUUGUCGCGACUCCUCGAAUGGUCGGCUGCGUGACGUUACGUGUCUCGUCGAUAAAGGGUUAGCGGGACUCGUUACGCCCGGCAGUACUCGCCUUUUCUUCAGGAACAUCUGCGAACCGGUAAACGGAAUUACAAAGGAAAACAUCCUCGUUAUGGCGUUCAACAAGCUCAGCAUCGAUAAGGUGGAUUUGACGGAUAAGAGAGUACUCGUACGGGUCGACUUUAAUGUGCCACUGAAAGAAGGAAAAAUAACGAACAAUCAGAGGAUUGUUGCUGCGCUGGACACGGUGAAGUAUGCUAUCGAUAAGAAGGCUAAAUCUAUCGUUCUGAUGUCCCAUUUAGGCCGGCCGGAUGGCAAGAGAGACGAGAAGUAUACGCUGAAACCUGUAGCAGAAGAACUAAAAACUCUUUUAGGAAGAGAGAUCUUGUUUCUAAAUGAUUGCGUUGGAUCUGAGGUUGAAGCUGCUUGUGCCAAUCCAGCACCUGGUACUGUCAUUUUGUUGGAAAAUCUGAGAUUUCAUAUCGAGGAGGAAGGCAAAGGAGUAGGACCAGAUGGAAGUAAAAUUAAAGCUGACAAAGAUAAAGUCACUGAAUUUAGAGCAUCUUUGAGGAAGCUAGGAGAUGUAUAUAUAAACGAUGCCUUUGGAACUGCUCAUCGAGCUCAUAGUUCCAUGAUGGGAGAUGGAUUUGAUAUAAGAGCAAGUGGUUUUCUAUUAAAGAAAGAACUCGAAUACUUUGCGAAAGCUCUGGAUAAUCCGGAAAAACCAUUUCUGGCUAUACUCGGAGGAGCUAAGAUUGCUGACAAAAUCCAAUUAAUUAAUAAUUUGUUGGAUAAAGUGAAUGAAAUGAUUAUUGGAGGUGGUAUGGCAUACACAUUCUUGAAAGUAUCCAAAAACAUGAAGAUUGGAAAUUCACUGUUUGAUGAAGAAGGAGCAAAAAUUGUGAAUGACUUAUUGGACAAGGCGAAACAAAAUAAUGUCCAAAUUCAUUUGCCAAUAGAUUUUGUGACCGCUGAUAAAUUUGCAGAAAAUGCAGUGGUGGAUGCUGCGGAUGUUGAAAACGGUAUACCCGAUGGAUGGAUGGGUCUUGAUGUUGGGCCUAAAUCUAGAGAUUUAUUCGCAGAACCAAUUAAGAGAGCGAAAGUUAUAGUAUGGAACGGCCCAGUGGGUGUAUUUGAGUUCGAGAACUUCAGCAAGGGCACAAAAAGUUUAAUGGACAAUGUCGUCGAGGCCACGACUCGGGGAACAAUUACCAUCAUUGGUGGCGGAGAUACGGCGACGUGCGCGGCAAAAUGGAAAACGGAAGAUAAGGUGAGCCACGUGAGCACUGGUGGCGGUGCAAGUUUAGAACUCCUGGAAGGGAAGGUAUUACCCGGAGUCGCUGCCCUUUCUUCAUCGUAAAUCUAUCUUCAAAACAUUUAUGUAAAGACCUGACGUUUUGCGAUGUUUUAACAUUAGCCAGUUCUAUAGAAAUUUAAUGAGUAGUGUUCGAAUGUUGGGAUAACAAAACAGUGAACUUACAAACAGUGAGAUUAAACAUGUAGAACAAAAACGUGUUCAUUAUCUUUAAUUAUUGUUGUAAUCGUGCUCCGUUUUUGAAACUCCAUAUUCUCGUAUGAGAAAUCCCAAAUAUUGAAAUCAUAUGUUGACAUACUCUUAGAUCUCUAUAGUACAAUUAUACAAUUAUAUUAAUGUACAGUUAUAGAUACAUAAUGCAUCAAACUGUAUAUUAUCUGUAAAAUGUAAUAUAUUAAGACAAUAUUAAAUCCAUCAUACAUAGCUGCUAA